ACCGGAGACGUAGCGUCGUGGUCGCGCCUGUCCUUCACUUCGGUCCACAUCCGACUAGGCUCGACUCCCAAGAGCAGCAACAUGGCCCUCCUCAAGUCAAACAAGGUGAUCUUCUGCCUGGGGAACAUUUCCCCGUCCCUGGGAGCUCUGUCCACCCGCAACAGCUCAUGGUGGGGUGGAGUGCAGAUGGGUCCCCCCGAUCCCAUCCUGGGGGUGACGGAGGCAUUCAAGAAGGACACCAACCCAAAGAAGAUGAACCUGGGAGUUGGAGCCUACAGGGAUGACCAGGGGAAGCCCUUUGUCCUCAGCUGUGUCCGCAAGGCCGAAGCUUUGAUUGCAUCCAAACAACUGGAUAAGGAGUACCUCCCUAUUGGUGGACUGGGAGACUUUACCAAAGCUUGCGCCCAGCUGGCUCUUGGCGCUGACAAUGAGGUCCUGAAGAGCGGCAGGAGCAUCACUGUCCAGACCAUUUCAGGGACUGGAUCUCUGCGUAUUGGAGGCAACUUUUUGUCUCGGUUCCACGGAGGUCCAAAGGAUGUGUACCUGCCCAAACCGUCCUGGGGAAACCACACACCGAUCUUCAGAGACGCUGGCCUGCAGCUCAAAGCAUACCGAUACUACGACCCUUCCACCUGUGGUUUUGAUUUCAGCGGAGCUCUGGAGGACAUUUCUAAAAUCCCUGAGCACAGUGUGAUCCUGCUGCAUGCCUGUGCCCACAACCCCACCGGAGUGGACCCCAAGAUCGAGCAGUGGAAGGAGAUCUCCGAGGUUGUGAAGAAAAGGAACCUCCUGGUGUUCUUCGACAUGGCCUAUCAGGGCUUUGCUAGUGGAGACAUUGAUCGUGACGCCUGGGCUGUGCGCCACUUCAUUGAGCAGGGCCACAACAUCGUGCUCUCCCAGUCUUUUGCCAAGAACAUGGGACUCUACGGUGAGCGUGUUGGAGGCUUCACUGUGGUGUGCGGCAGCGCAGAGGAGGCAAAGCGAGUGGAGUCUCAGCUGAAGAUCCUCAUCAGGCCCAUCUAUUCCAACCCUCCCAUGAACGGGGCCAGAAUCGCUUCAACCAUUCUCAGCACACCAGACCUGCGCGCUCUGUGGUUGGAGGAGGUCCACGGGAUGGCGAACCGUAUCAUCAAGAUGAGAGAGCAGCUGGUGGCGGGGCUCAAGAAGAACGGUUCCACCCACAACUGGCAGCACGUCAUCGACCAGAUCGGCAUGUUCUGCUUCACAGGCCUCAAGCCCGAGCAGGUUGAACGGCUGAUCAAGGAGUUCUCCGUGUACAUGACCAAGGACGGCAGGAUUUCCAUGGCAGGCGUGUCCUCCGGGAACGUGGGCUACCUGGCCGACUCGAUCCACGCAGUCACCAAGUAGAGCGGAGCCAGUCGGGAAAGUGAUGAAAUCAAAGCAGCCGUGACAGAAGAGAGGCUUCAGACAUCACUUUUUAUCCUCCGUUUCACCUUUUAAAAGUCAAAUUAACAUUUAGAUCGACCUUUUCUGCAUUGGAUUUCAUCACUUGAAUUUGGAACAGUUAAAUGUUUAUUUUCUAGUUACUUUUUUUUUUUUUUUUUUUUGAAAGAUUUCAUCAAACAAACUCCCCUGCUGAAAUUUAUGAGUUUUUGGCUUAUUUAUUAUGUGGAGUCGACUAUUGGCUGUGUGUUUGUGUCCUCCUAAAUGUGCACUCUUGAUCUGCUGUGGGCCCAUUCGCGCUAAAUCAUCAUCAGGCAAACAUUCUGAGGAAACUUUAUCUUGUGUGUUAGUUUUAUGUGCUUAAUGAGCUCUCUGCUGCUUUGUGACAGCCUGUUGGAAUGAAUUGUUUCCUUAAUUUAUCGGUGGAUUGGUAGCACUUUAUAAACUGAAAGGCACUGUGUGGAUAUCAAGACAUGACUCUUGUAGACAGUGAACUUUACUGUAUGAAGAGGACCCUUUCAUCUGGUUUAUCAAUUUACAUUGAUUACUGGUUCUUCGGCAAUUCAUUCUCUUAUCUCUUUGUCUUUCCUUGAAGGAUCUGUGGGGCUGUUUUGUUUUUAAAUCGGUUUAGGUGGUCACAAAGCUGCAGUUUCUCAGUCGCUGUUGCUCCCUUCACAAUAAAAGCACACAAGCCAGAAGAGUUAAAACUACAAUACAGAGUAAAGCAAUGACUAUAUACCCUGGUUUCAAAUGCAGAAUGUUACUUUUCACAUGUGAUGUCUGAUCUUUUUCAAUUUCACUAUGAGGACUGUGUACUCAACGCCCUGUGCAUGUCAGUGGGUUAAUGUGACGCGCUCAUGAGGAUUUAGUAAACAUGCACAAGCUGCUGGUUCGCUCGGACACCAUGUCUCUGUGUCUGGAACGGUUCAUCAAAACUAAGAGUCACAGGUGGUAUUUAGUAAUGUGGGCUUUGCCCCCAGUCUGCUCAUUCUUCUGAAACUUGUGGCUCUUUACCUCCAUGUUUUACAUUCUGUCAUAAAAUAUGGAUCAUUGCUCAAGUAUCAUUUAUUGAACAAACAAUAAAUCCUUAGAGAGUUG